GUCACGGAUCCCCUAGCGGACUAUCGAGCAGACGGCCAAUCCUUGCUAGAGUACCCACUCUCUCGCCCUUCGUCAGUCUGCGACGACUCUGCGCGACCAUCCUGCCUCUAACGGCAAUGCCCUUGACGACUCCAUUUCUGCCUUUGACUGUCUCCGCCGCCUCGCUUUCUUCCUCUGAUUCCUCACACACCGGCGAGCAGCCUGACUCCUGCCCUGACAGCGACGAGCCCCAGCUGCGAUUUGACCUUGAAGCCCUGUCUGCCGUAUCUGAAGCCGUAGCAACAAGCAGGCCCGCGUCCUCCACCGCUCCUCCCGCGCCCGUCGCCCGCAGCAGCAGCCGGCGCCUCACCUUCACUCGCUUCCCUCUCUUGCGAAAGGGCAGCCGCGAGCUCACCAGGGCCACCUCCGCCCACUUCAGAGGCAGCAGCAUCUCGGCCGCCGCCCCGCCUUCCCGCGCCGACUCGCUCUUCCUCUCGACAGGCGCUUCCCGGGCCUCCAGGACUUCGUUUGCGCGUGGCCGCACCGAGCAACCCACUCUCGAUCUCUCGAGUGCACGCGAGCCGUCCGCUCACGCCAGCCUCCGCUCCGGCAGCAUUGGAGGAGAAAAUCCAGGAAACACCCACGACGCUACGAGUCUGCAGCAAGCAGCGCGGUCAGGCAAGAUGCAUCAGACCAGCUCGAGACUGCUGCGUAUGACUGACGAUGAGCGGCCGUACACGAGGGACUUCAAGGACCUCUUCUCGACCCUCAUGGUGUCCCUCCCACUCACCCCCCAUCGUGUCCGCUUCAGGAUGAUCGACUUCACAUUCACCUCCGACGAGGCCAUCACCAAUCUCGGCUCCCUCAAGUUCUCUCAGUCAAACCGCAUGCCUGACCCCAAGGACUCAUCACGUGUCGUCACAACCACCACCACUACCACCUUCUCAAUGGCGAAAGAGAUGGCCCGCUCUGUCUGCCAAAAGUUCCUCGAAGCCAAGUUUGUCGAGUCAGUCGAAGGCAAGACCGAUUUCACAAACAAGAGUUCCGUCUGGCAAUUAACACCCAAGGGUAUCCACAUCCUGGAGCGCUUCUGCACCCGCAAUGGCAUCCAGUCUGCCCAUGUCAAGGCCGUGAUUGAGUCUAACCGCAACCCUCACCUUCUUGUCAUCCUUGAGCGCAACACAGAAAACGACAAGCUGCACCACGACGAGCAGACCGUCGAGAUCCUCUUCCGCCGAUUCAUUGGUACCACCGCAAACGAGAUACAGUCAGAUUCUGAUUCAAUACAUGAGUUCUCCAAGUGCGAUGUUGGCGUUAAGCUCGUCAAGCAUCGACCUACCACCAGCCGUCAGUACGAGUACACCUUCAACGGCCGCAACGCUGCACAAUGGUUAAUGGACUGCACCACAAUGGUUGACCCCCGAGAAUCGAUAGAGAUCGGAUCUCUCUUCUUACAGCUUAAGCUGAUUGCACCUGUCGACCCUCGCGUCCCUGAGCACACCUUUCAGCCUGUUAAGCAGGUCCACUACUACGUUACUCCACACGGUGAGCGUGUAGCAGGAUGGAGUCUUGAGGAAAUUCCAUCAAGUGGAGAGGCCAUUGCUACAAAGACUCGCGAUGGCAUGGCGCGUGACUCGAACAGCAACCGAACAAACGUCAUCAUCCGCAACCCUUCAUGGCGCCUUCUCUACCGUGAGUUUCUUAAGGAGACCAUGUGUGAGGAAAACUUGUCCUUCUACCUCGAGGUCCAGGAGUUUAAUAGGCAAUACCGUGCUGCUAUCAGCGACAAGGGCGACAACAAGGUCGAAACCAUCCGUGAGACACUCGCUGCCGCUUACGGUCUCUACAAUGCCUUCUUGGCACCCGGGUCACCCAACGAGCUCAACAUCGAUCACGGUCUUCGCACACAACUUGCCACUCGGAUGACACGUGCUGUUGGCGAUGACGCUGCUAUGUUGCAGAGCCUUAAUGAAGUUGCAACACUGUUCGACAAGGCACAGAACUCGAUCUUCAAGCUCAUGUCUAGCGACUCUGUACCAAAGUUCGUCAAGCACCCGAAGUACGCCCCUCAGCUACGUGGCCUCGAUGCCGCAGCUGCCUCCUCAUACGCCGCUCUCCCCGCCGUUUCUCGAUGAAAGACCGCAAUGUCUCUAUCGAACUUCUUUCACCACUUGACGAUUUGCUUCACCAUCUUGGACGUGUUCCUCGGACCGAUGCAUUAUUCCCCAUCUUUCUUGGUGCAUUCUCAUAGACUUCUGGCGUUUCCGGAUUGGACAAAAACAUCAGCAUUUG